CUCCCCGGCUGGUGACCUUCGGCUGCACGAGAGGCCGGCAGUGGCCGGCAGUAGCUAGCAGUCGCCGGCGAGCCCGUGCCCCGCCCAGUCCGCCUAGAGAGAGCCGUCGUGCCGCCCGGCCGCCACACCAAAAACAAGGGCGAUGGCAGCAGAACAGCUCCUGGCGUGGUCGCGGCCGACCGACGUUCCCUCCCCCGCAGUGUGGGGCCGCCACGAGCACCAGGGCGUGCAGUACCGCGUGCAGGAGGCCACGCCGGACCUGCACGAGAAGAUCCUCGACUAUUACGUCAAGGAGUACUUCCACGACGAGCCGUGCUCCAAGAACAUAAACCUGCCCGACGAUGAGGUCUCGAUGGCGGAGUUCCGGUUCCUCCUCGCCACCGCCCUGACCCAGGGCUCCAGCCUCGUCGUCCUGGAGGAAGGCGCACCGGAAGGCGAACCGGAAAUAGUCGGCGCCAUGGUGAUUCCGGUGCUGUCGAAGCGAGACCCGGAACUGCCGGAGUUCCAGGGCCGCGGCAUCCGCGUCAUGCUGUGCCUGUCGGACACCUUGAGGUCCUCCUCCCCGUUCGGCGACCCCUUCACGCGUCCCGAGGCCCUGGAGGGCUCCGUGUCGCCCUGGGCCGGCCCCGUGCCCCACUUCGCGCUGGACCUGGGCCUCUGGGUGCGGCGCGACCGCCGGGGCCGUAGCCUGGGCCUCGCCAUCCUGAAGGCCAUCCCCGACAUGUGCCGCGCCUUCGGCAUCCACCACUUCAGCACGCCGUUCACGGGCGCGCGCAGCCAGGGCCUCGCCGUCAAGGCCGGCCUCAAGGAGAUCAGCCGACUCAAGUACGACGCCUUCCUGGACCCCGAGGGCAAGCCCGCCUUCCACAACAUGCCCGAGGUGGAGUGCGUCCUGAUGGGCAUCGACAUCGAGUAACGCCACCAAUAAAAAUAAAAAUAAUAAAAAGUAAUAAAAGUAAUA